CAUUCUUCCGGAAUGCCCGACCAAGUGAACUCAACUAAUUGAAUUAGCUGAUCAUUGGCAUGGCAGCUGGAACGAUCGAUAAGGGAUUGGCGCGACCAUAUAUUUAAGAGGCAUGGCAAACGGAUUGGCAAUUGCACGCUAGGAGAGGAUAUAAGUACAGGAGCGAGCAGCGCCAGAGCACACAAUGGUGCAUUGGUCAGGCGAGAUGAAGCACAUCAUAGUUGUGAUCAUUGCCGUGCUGAGUGUCCUGCACAGGGAUGUACUCUGCUCAACAAACACCGGCUGUCCUCGGCGCUAUCUGAGACGCAUCAACGGAAAGUGUUAUUACUUUUCAGUUAAAAAGCUGAACUGGUUUGGUGCUCUAAACAAUUGCCUACGCAAGGGCCUCACACUGGCCGACCUGAGCAAUCCACGAGAUUUCAACGGUGCUGUCGAAUUUCUAAGCUCCAAAGGCAACACGGAGGACUUUUGGUUUGGUGCCAACGAUCUGCAAACCGAGGGCCGUUUUCAAUAUAUCAGCAAUGGUCGAUUAGUACGUUACUUCAGCAAUUACAGCCUCGUGGGGGAGUCGGAGCAUUCGAAGUGCGAUGAUUGUCUGGAGGUGCGCAUACGCAACAACAUGACAGUGGUGGCCGCCGACAAUUGUCUAGAGAGGGAGUAUUUCAUUUGCUCUGAACGGUACUGCGACUUCGCCGAAAGCACUAAGAAGCGCCAUCACAGUCACGAGCACUUACAUCACUUCCAUCACGAUAUUGGCGAGCCCAGCGACGAGGCUGGGGCAGGGGUUGACGUGGAUGGACAGCAACCUGAAGAGUUGGUAACGGAAAAGCCGGACGGCUCGGAGGAGGGAGUUGAUCCACCAGUGGGAGGUCCGACGGGUGAACCACAACCGGAUCCAAACGAAAAGCCAAGUAAUGGGACAACUAUAGCCGAGAAUAAUAAUGUAGCGACUACAGUUCAAGAGGGAUCUGUAAAGCCACCUGAAGUCACAACUGUGGAUCCGAACAAGCCAUCUGGAGUCACAACUGUGGAGCACAACAAGCCACCUGGAAUCACAACUGUGGAGCCCAACAAGCCACCUGGAAUCACAACUGUGGAGCCCAACAAGCCACCUGAAAUCACAACUGCGAAUGCUAACCUGCCACUUGAUGUCACAACUGUGGUUUCGAACAAGCCAGAUGCAGUCACCGGACAGGAUACGAACGCGCCAGAUACCUAA